AUGCCUGCAAAGAAAGUGCUUAUCGGUUUUGGCGUUGACGUCGACGCCGUGGCCGGCUGGCUAGGUUCCUAUGGAGGUGAAGACUCCCCAUUAGAUAUCUCGCGUGGAAUGUUUGCAGGCGAAGUCGGCACACCCCGAUUAUUGAAACUGUUCGAAAAAUAUUCCAUUCAGACGACUUGGUUCAUCCCUGGGCACAGUCUCGAAACAUUCCCCACGCAGAUGGCCGCCGUUCGAGAUGCAGGCCAUGAGAUAGGCCUUCAUGGGUACUCUCACGAAAACCCUAUUGCCAUGACCUACGAGCAGCAGCGGGAUAUUUUGGAGCAUACCUUUAAGUUAUUAACUGAUUUUAACCAUGGGGUUCCUCCGAAAGGAAGCGUUGCCCCUUGGUGGGAGAUUAGCAAGGAAGGGAAUGACCUGCUCUUAGAGAGGGGUAUCGAAUACGACCAUUCGGGAAUGGCACAUGAUUGCCAGGCCUAUUACAUGAGGGAUCAAGAUACCUGGACAAAAAUCGAUUACUCCAAGGAAGCUAGCACAUGGAUGAAGCCACUUCAGAAGGGGAACGAGACGGGGCUAGUCUGCAUCCCAGCGAAUUGGUCUCUUGAUGAUUUGCCACCAAUGAUGUUCAUCAAGUCAAGCCCAAACUCGCACGGCUGGGUAAACGCCAGAGAUGUUGAACAGCUGUGGAAAGAUAUGUUCACUUAUUAUUACCGGGAGGAAGAAGAGUUUGUCUUCCCGAUCACCAUUCAUCCCGAUGUCAGCGGGCGUCCUCAUGUGCUUCUCAUGCUGGAGCGCUUCAUCGAGUGGGUCAACACUCACGAGAACGUUCACUGGGUCCCUCUGAUCGAAAUGUCGAGGGACUUUCGGGCAAGGGCGCAGCCAUCCGUCGGGGCUAAGAUGCCUAAAGGGUUUUCUCAAGAGAUGUAG